AUGGCCACCUGGUUGAAACAAUACGACACCCCUCGUUCGUUGUCUUCCCAUUCGUUGGGACUGUCAGCAGGAUCGGACCAGAGAAGGUCGUUCAAGAGACCAAAAUCUGGAACGUCUGUUGGUCUUUUAAUCAUUUUUAUUUCGUCAAUUGAGUUCAGCACCGGAGAUAAGCCGCCAUGGACGCAGAAUAUCCGCGAGGCCACCGAUGCUGCAAUCGGAAGCGUGUUGAACGUGUCGAUGAAGAUCUUCCAUGUUUUCAAGUUGGCUCUUCUCUUGCAUUCGUCGUAA